UGUCAUCAUUGCGCGUAGCAGAGGAAGAUGGAGAAAUGGAGGGACUAGGGUCUAUGGAGGGAGAAUCAGAGCCCCACUAAAACCCGUUUUUUUAGAAUCCAUUACUUAUCCUUAAUCGUCCCCCGAAAACAUUUCAAAAGCCGUUUCCCAAAACCAAGAGAUUUUCUGAGCAUUCGUCUCCAGUUCUUUUCGAUUUCUUUCAGUUCUUGGGAUUAUCCGCUGCAGAACUAAAUAAUACUGUAGUCAAAUCAUGUCUGAAGCUAUGUGGGAAGUUGACAAAAUGCUGGAUGUUUAUAUCUAUGACUACCUCUUGAAGAGAAAACUACAUGCUUCUGCAAGGUCUUUUCUGGAUGAAGGAAAAGUUUUUAUGGAUUCAGUGGCUAUUGACGCACCUGGUGGUUUUCUUUUGGAAUGGUGGUCUGUCUUCUGGGACAUAUUCAUCACCCGCAUAAAUCCGCAGCACUCGGAAGCUGCUGCAUCUUACAUCAAGUUAAAGAAGGCUGGAGAUUGGCAGCUACAGCAACAACAUUACUUACAGAGUGUUCAGCAGAAUCCUACAACUGUGAAUAGGCCUGUCAUGAACAAUUCGUUCGAUAUACAGAACCCAACAAAUGCAAAUAAAAUGGCUGCAAAAAUGUAUGGGGAAAAUUUGACACUCCCUAAUCAAAGGAAUGCAUUGAUCACCAAUGGGCUUCCAAAGAGAUUGGAUCCUCUUAGCUCUAGGAUUCUUCAACAACCUGAGCUGUUCAUCCAGUUGCGUCAUACUUCCAAUCAGUUUCAGCUGCAGCAUCCAUUUGCAGUACAGACACCUCGAAACUUGGGUGUUCCUUCUGCCAAUGUGGCGUGUAAAAGACCGGGAGUGCCUUUAAGUCAACAUAUGAAUAUUGGAAAGAAAAAACAAUUAUGCUUUGUUGACGUGUCUGGUGUUGAUCCAUUGGCACCAGUUUGUCCUGUUUUGCCACAUGUAAAUGCAGAUAUGCUGACCAAGUUACAGCAGCAACAACUGAAGAUUGAUAACCAAAAACAGGAACAAUUCAUGCAGCAUCCAGUUUCAAGUCAACAUUCUCUGAAUUCAAAUCACCUAAUUCAGCAGCAAGAUAAAUUGAACAGUUCGGGGAUCACCAAUGCUGAUAGUUAUAUGUCCAAUAACUUUCAGGCUAAUGAUCAGGCUGAUGUGGAUUGUCUCGUGGAUGAUGGACCAUAUGAUGUGGAGUCUUUCCUAUCUCCUGACGGAGCAGUUGAGAGAGAUAAAGUUGGUUUGUUAUCUGAUGCUAACGAAGGUCCUGCACUGAAGGAAAUUCGUCGUAUUCCUGGCAGUAAAAAUAAAGUUGAAUGUUGUCGCUUCUCGUCUGACGGAAAACUACUUGCUAGUGGUGGGCAUAACAAGGUUACAGUGUGGUGCACAGAGUCUCUUGCAGUGAAGUCUACACUUAGUGAACAUUCUCAAAUGAUAACCGAUGUCUGCUUUAGUUCAAGGGCGUUAAAGAUCGCAACAUCUUCAAGUGACAGGACUGUCAAAAUUUGGGAUGUCGAUAAUGGUGGACCGUCGCUACGGACUUUUACUGGACAUUCUACUGGAGUCACAUCACUGGACUUUCAUCCUAGUAAAGAUGAUCUCAUUUGCUCUUCUGAUGUUAAUAGCGAGAUUAGGUACUGGAGCAUUAAAAAUAGUAGUUGUGUUGGCAUUUUUAAGGGUGGUGCAAAAAAAUUAAGGUUUCAACCUAAUAAUGGAAGAAUUAUUGCCGCAGCAGUGGGAAAUGCCGUUUCCAUAAUUGACGUAGAAACCCAAGUUUGCAGGCUUAAAUUACAGGGUCACAAAAACCAUAUCCAUUCUGUGUGUUGGGAUCCUUCUGGUGAAUAUCUAGCAUCUGUAAGUGAGGACCUAGCUAAAGUGUGGAAAGUUGGUUCUGGUGGCAAAGGAGACUGCAUUAAUGAGUUGAACUGCAAUGGAAAAAUAUUCCAUACCUGUGUUUUUCAUCCCACCAAUACUUCUCUUUUGAUCAUUGGCUCUCAUGAGUCACUGGAGAUUUGGGACAUCACAGAAAACAAGACAAGGACACUGCAUGCUCAUGGCAAGCUGGUAUCAGCCUUGGCUGCAUCACAUGUUACUGGUCUAGUCGCUUCGGCGAGUCACGACAGCUGUAUCAAGCUCUGGCAGUAAUGAAACCGACGAGCUCUCUUCUACAACCAAAAUGGUAACCUGAAAACUGUCUGUUGUUGAUAACCAUACGUCCCGCGUCUUUUGUAUUUAGAUAUGGACUAAUCCCUUAGUAACUAAAGUCAAAAGUAAUAUUUCUGUAAGGACAGGUAGAAGAUGUCCAUUGAAGUUCCAGCAUGUAAAUAUUAACCAUACAUGAUACAACUUUUUGUUGUAUGUGAUGUGCCUUUGAAACAGCUAACACAAUCUCUUG